AUGAAUAACUUAAAAAGAAAAUUGUCUACUUUUUCCUUAAAACAAAACAAAUAUCAUUUUUUAAAAAAAAAUUUUUUUUUUGAAAAAAAGUAUAUAUCUUCUAAUAAGAAAAAUGAAAAAAUAACAAAAGAAAAUUGCCAGAUUCUUCCUAAUAUUAUUUUAGAAACUGAAAUUUUUUUCGAAUUUAAAGAAAUUUUUUAUAGAGGAUUCAAUUUAUGUGAUUUGUGCAAAAUGUCCACAUUUGAUGAAAUUAUUUUCUUAUUGUUAUAUGGAAGGUUAGCUAAUUUAAAGGAAUUAGAUGAAAAAAAAAAUUAUUUUGAGAGUAUAUUUAGAAAUUUUGAUGAAAGAAAAAUUUUUAAAAUAAAUGAAAUUUUAGAAAAUUCUAAUUUUUUAGAAUUAUUAAGAAUAUGCAUGUUUAAUUUUUCUUUACUUGAAAAAAAUAACAAUGAUAUUAAUUUAAGUUAUUAUAAAAUUUUAGCAUGCUCAUUAAGAUUAAUAAUGGUUUUUUAUUCUAAUAAAAAGGAUCAUUUGAGAAUUAAUGAAAAGAAGUUUGAUAAUUUUUGUUCAUUCUUUAUUGAAAAUUGUGAUUUUAGAUGGAAAACUAUGAAAAAGGAUAUUGAAAAUACUACAUACGAAAAAGACAGACUAAAUGAAAAUGAAAACAAAAUUAAAAAAGAAAAAAUAAAAUUAUUAAAUAUACUUUUAAUAUUAAUAUGUGAGAAUAAUAUUAAUGAAAAAACCUUUUUAAUAAGAAUGAUAUCUAACAUUAAUGAUAAUUAUUUUAAUAUAUGUCUAUCAGCUGUUACUUUUUACAUAGAUAUUUUUAAAAAAAUUGAUUUUAAUUCUUCACUUGAAUCUUUUUUAAAUUUUGAAUUUUCUCCUAAUAAUAUAACUAAAUAUGAAAUGGAUAAAAAAAGCAACAUUAAUUUUUUUUUUUAUAGAAAUUGUUUUUUUUUAAAAAAGAGCAAUAUUUUAAAACAAUAUUUAGUGAAAUACUGUUCAAAUACUUAUAAGUCAAAUUUAGAUAUUUUAAAUCAUUUUAUGAAAAUAGAAAAUUUUUUUUUAAAAUGUGAAAAUAAAUAUGCAUCUUCAUAUUAUUAUACUCUUUUAACUUUUUAUUUAUUAGAUAUUUCAGCAGAAUUAUUACCAGUCUUAUAUUUUUUAUCAAGACUUUUGAGUUUUACUACACAUAUAAAUGAACAAAAAAAAAAUAAUAAAAUUAUAAAAUAUUCAAGUACCUAUAUUGGUAACCCACCUAUGAAUUAUAUUGAUAUUAAUCAAAGAUAA